ACUUUCCUCACAAAAGCUGGCAACUCUGGCCGGCGAGGUUAUGCAAAGCAAGAGUUUGGAUCCCGGUAAAUAGUCUUAUUUUUGAAAGAAAUGCAGUCCAUCCUGACCUCCAUGAGGGCACUGGCCCUGCGCCAACCCACGAUGGAGUCCCUCCGUCUGCUGCACCUGUCUGCCGUCAGCGAGGCGGCCCGCAAAGGAACUCGGGAGAAGGCCCGCAAGAAGAAAGUCAAAGUCGAGGUGAAGAAGGUGGGAUUCAUUCCUCACAAUCAGCGGAACAAGAAAAUCAACGUUAAGCGGGCGGACAAGCAUGUGGACGACUCCUGGAAACAGGUGCCCAAAGACGACUGCUAUGUGGGGCGCUACUACCGCUGGCCGGUUUACACCGUGCAGGAGGCCAUCCAAUGCCACCGGGAGACCCAUCACCCCAGCAUGUACAAUGUACCCAAUGCUCCCCUCAACGUGGACAUCGAACUAAACAUGCAGGCAGAGAAGAUCACCCGGUUUGUGGACAACUUCCAGCGCAUGGCCAUGAUUCCGCACAAGUUUGAGCAUGGCGAGGAGCGCAAAAUUAUAGUUUUCACCAAGGGAAAUAACGAAGUCCUGGAGGCCAGAGAAGCUGGAGCCUCGCGUGGCGGCGUGGAGCUCAUCAAGGACAUAACCAACGGUGAGCUGCUGCUCUCCGACUACCAGUACGUCAUUGCCCAUCCCAAUAUCCUGGCCGAGCUGGUGGCCCUGCGUGGCCUGAUGAAGCGCAAGUUUCCCAAUCCCAAGAGCGAGACACUCGGCACCAAUCUGGCCGAAAUGAUUGUCAAGUUCUCCAGCGGCAUUAGCUACAGCGCUGCCAAGGAUGAGUACCAGCAGAACUUUGGCCUGAUCACUGCCAGUGUGGGCACUUUGGACAUGGACGCCCAGAAGCUCGAGGAGAACCUCAAGUUCCUGCUGCAGGAUGUCAACACCAUGAGGCCCAAGCGCGAGGGUCGCUUCAUUACCCGUGUCCUGCUGAAGAGCCCGCCCAGCAGUGAGCAGCUGAAUGAUCCCUAUGUCUAUGUGCCAGAGAUGUGGGACAAGAGCACAGCGAAGGUGAAACGAGGAGACCAAAAGCAGGAGGAGCCAGCGGAACGCAAUGAAGCCGUGGCCUCCAAUUAGUUAACACAGAAGCCAUGUAUUUUUGUUGAUGGAUCGUUUGUGCAUACUUUAAACUUACAUCUUCCUAGAGUCCUAAA